GGGGGGAGGGGGAAAGCCCCGCCCCCAAAGCCACCAUGUGACUUUUCACCUCCGGAGGCUUCAGCCUUCGAUUGGAAAGGCAUCUUCUUGGGAUGGUGUGUCUGUGUUACUUUAAAGAAGUUGGCAGCAACUCUCAAACUCAUCAACUGGGUAAUUCUUCCACCUGGAGGAUUAUAAUACCAUCCCCAGAAGCAGAAUUGGGCCUUCCCUGGCGUUCAUAAGAAGAGCACAAGUUGGAGCACAAAACUUUUCUUCCUGGAAUCCCUGCCUGCCAGCCGGAUUUUGGUUUGCUCUUCAGUUCUGGAUUUCAGAGGCAAGGGAGGAAGGUUAUGGAGCACAACUUUGCAGCCCCCAACCGAGGAGCAGCAGAAACUAUUUGGAUCGUGCCACUUGAACAUGUGGUGGAAGAACGGCCUGGAUGGAGAGCAUGGACAGAGGGCAGAGAGGAGCCCUGCAAGGGGCUGCACCAGCGCUGGGGAGCCCAAGGACAGGAUUUCUUAAAGGGCCUGGAUUCCCCUCAGAUGGGGUGGAGGAAGGAGCCCGGCCCCUGGGAGGACACCAAGGCCUUCCUGGCCUCCUUCGAGCAAGUGGCCCUAGCCUGCCAGUGGCCCCGGGAAGUGUGGGCAGCCCGGCUCCUGCCAGCUCUCAGUGGAGAAGCCCAGAAAGCAUUCGGCAGCCUAGAGGCCACAGACAGAGAGGAUUAUGGGAAAGUUAAGGCAGCCAUCUUGCGCGGGGAAGCCAACCGCAUGGAAACCCUGCGCCAGCACUUCCGGCAGUUCCGAUACCAGGAGGUGGAAGACCCCCGCCAUAUUUACAGCCAGCUACGGGAGCUUUGCCGCCAGUGGCUGAGGCCGGAGAGGCACUCGAAGGAGCAGAUCCUGGAGCUGCUGAUCCUGGAGCAGUUCCUGGCCAUCCUGCCUCCGGAGCUGCAGAGCUGGAUCAGGGCCGGCUGUCCUGACAACUGCACCCAAGCCACGGCCCUGGUGGAGGAUUUCCUGUUGAGCCAGCCAAGAGCAGCCAAGCCAAGGAAAUGGCAGGGGACCCACUUGGGCUGCCGGGAUUUACAAGAGACCCUCUUCGAUCCUGCUGAGGUGCGGAGCAACAAGGAAGCUGAGCAGGUGGAGACCCAAUUGCCAGGCAGUGGAAGCCAGUGGUGCCCACGCUCCAGUUCAUCGCUUCCUCCUGGAAGUCAGGAGAGGAUUGAAGCUGGGCAGAUGGAGGCACUGACGACGCUUGAGGAGACAGGGGUGUCUUUGCACAGGACGGAGCAGCAUCUGACCCAGGACCAAGGCCAAAGGACCAUGUUUUGGCAGGUCCUGCCAGACACCAGUGGGAAAGAAGAUUCUUUGGAGGCAGUUUUGGUUCCCAAAGGUGGGAACCACCUGGAGAAAGAAGAAAAUGUGUCAUUCUGGUUGCCGGAGGAAAAAGGGACAUUCACAGACCAAGAUUCAGGUGUAAGUCGUUUCCAAGUGGAUAAUCCUUCCAGUGGGGGAAAUAAACCAGGGGUCCCAGAGAAGCCCCAGGGGGACAUAGUGUUGACACCUGAGAUUCAAGUGGAAAUAUGUGAGUCCGGAGGAGAACAGAGGAAGAAAUCCUUGCAGGGGCAGAAUUAUUCCCAUGGUCUCUCAGAAGGUCUCGGGGCUGUCUCCAAGGGAGCUCAUCUGAUGCGGAACCAGAGUGGCCAUAUGGGAGAGAGUGGGAAAAGCUUCACUCCAAAGAGGUUAAGGAGACGUCUGAAAAUCCACCAUGAACAGACAACUUACACGUGCCCGGUGUGUGGGAAAAGCAUCAUAUGGAAGCGAAAUGUGAACAGACAUCUGAGAAGACAUACAGGAGAGAACUCGUUCAUAUGCCCUGAAUGUGGAAUAAGCUUUUCUCGGAUGGAUGACUUGUGGAGACAUGGAAGAAGUCAUGGAAGAAAGAUGCCUUACGAAUGCCCUCAGUGUGGGAAAGACUUCGCACAAAAGAGUUUAAUGGUUAAACACCAGAGGAUCCACAAAUGACAUUACCAGCUGAAAGUAGAGUUUUCGUAGCUUCUUAGGUGGUCUAAACUUUGGUGGUCUUAAAGGUGCCACUGGACAUAUUUUGUUAUAUUAAAGGAACACCACAUUGUUUACA